AUGGGAAGAGAGGUGGAGGGGUUUAUAUUGGAGUUUGGAAAAGAGGAAAGGCUAGUGGACCCACCACUAUUUGGCAACACGUCAAAUUGUGAUAUUAAUAAGGAUUGGUGCAGCCACGUAAGCAACGCCAAUAAUGGGUUGGAAGAUGAUGGGUUCGAUGCCGACGACUGGUCAAAGGGACCACCAAAUUCACAGGCUCACAGCGCCAUCCACUCCCCCCACCCACCAUGUCUUGUUCUUCGUGCUUUCGAUUUCCCGUGCAACAGUGUCUUAAACCAUGCUUUUACCAUCCAUUAA